AUGGACACGCACGAUACCGCCGAAACUGACUUCGGGGACUCCGCAGAACCCCAAAGGAUUCAAAUCAACAAGCCCCAGGGUGCCAACCACCCAGACAGACACGUUGACGAUACAGCAUAUGUGCGUGUUGCUCACGACGAAGACGUUGGUACUCCAUCCGAGUAUCCGAAGCAGAAGGCGACCAUCUUCACGAUCCUGACAGACUUUGCCUCUAUCCUUCUCCCGCUUGGUUUCCUUGGGGUAGUCAUAGUUUUAUGGCGUUUAGAUGGAACGCCGGCGACUGUUGGGUCUGAGGAAAUGUGGCGCAAUGCCAUCAACAUCCUUGCCACCGUAUUCCCCAUCUUGUUUGCCGCGAUCGUUGGUCGUCUGCUGUCUGAGGCGUCACGAUGGAAGCUGGAGAGGGGGUCCUCGACAGGCGUGCUCGAACAGCUGAUGGGUAGUCGCACGGUUGGCGCAACAGUCUCUACGAUGAUCGGCUUUCGCUCGUUAAAUGCUCUGACUCUGCUGCUACUGCUGAUUUGGACGUUUUCUCCUCUUGGCACGCAAGCUAUUCUCCGAAUGGAAUCGACAAAUUUCGAGCCCGACCUCACUGAUACCAGCGUCACAUAUUUUGACACCGACGCGAUAAGCGACCUGGUUGAACGAACUGGCCGUUUCAGCGUGAUGAGUUAUUCGUUUUCGUCAUUCACGAAGACUUUGGCGUCGCUAUACAUGAGUCUUUUGACGACGCCUGUAGCGAUCAAAGAAGAUACGGUAGACCUCUGGGGCAACGUUAAGAUACCAUUCUUGAGCCACCCGGACUCGUCAUGGGAAAACAUCUCCGGCAGUAACGUCGUAUACUCGUCGUUAGCUGGCAUUCCCGUGGACAACUUUCACGACGGCAACACCACAUUCAAUCUGGAGUCGAGCUAUCUUCGACUUCAAUGCAGCAACGUUAGCGUUGGGCCUGCCGUUGGCAAGAACCCCGCGGGUUACGAAGAGUCAGUGGAUCCUUCGAUGAUGCAGCAAGCAGCCACAAUAAACAUUGGUGGCGACGACCCAAAGCGUGUGGUUUUUCAAAUGCCCAAUGGCACUUGGCACGGAUACAACACCAGCAGCAAAGACGAUGGGGAAACAACGUGGGUCUUGGCGAUCAACAGAUUCGUUGACGCUCGCUGGUUGCUUAUGAACAACACCGCCCUGGUCAACUUGACGGACAAUCAUGCGGGUUAUCGCGAACGACCUUGCCUUUUUACAAAUGAGACCGGGAUUGAAGCCGGCAGAACGACUCUUCUCUUUCAAGCAGAGCCGAGAUCGGGCUACAGCAAGGCGUCCGUCACGUAUACCCCCAUUCAGUCAUAUUGCGACGUCACCCAAAGAGAAGAUCAAUUCUUGAACAAUCUCACAGCUCAGGAUCUGGAGGUUCGUCUGGCCCAGUUGCUCAACACAUAUCUCACCCUAAGGUUCAUGCAAACCACCGGCUCGAUUCAGGCAUUCCUUCUAGAAAAUCAGCUACGCGGAUACUCGGCGCGAGACGUCGGCUGGAUAACGGGAGUCUACUCGUUCUUGACCUUCAUGCUGGGGAUUCAGACCGGCCCGUUAGUCGACGUGUUUGGGCCUGCACCCCUUGGACCCAUAGCCGCCUUUAUGCUCUGCCUGGGGGUUCUUGGCGGAAUUGGGAACGCGAUUUCCACGACAGUCGGCAUUGCGGUGGUUGGCAAGCUGUUUCAUCGCCAUCGCGGACUCGCUCUGGGCAUUGCACUGGCCGGCUCGUCCACAGGGGGCAUUGUCUUCCCACUGGCCCUGCGGCAGCUGUUCCCCGCAUACGGAUGGAUCUGGUCUUUGAGGAUUAUUGGCUUCAUCACGCUGGGCAUCAUGGUAAUCGGCCUCGCCUGCCUAUCCCCCUUUCCGCGAUUGAUGGCCAAGAUGCAUGGCAACGGGCAUGAAAGCAUCCAAAGCAAGAGUGCUGCCAUGGACUUCUCCGCCUUUCGUUCAACCGCGUUCUCCCUCGUCACCUUUGCGCAAGGGUCUCUAGAGUUCGUCAUCUUUGGGGCUACGGCUAUCCUCCCAACGCUAGUUACUUGGGCCGGCUUUCCGCCGGAGGCUGGAUACAAUAUGCUUGCGAUCCUCAAUGGUUUAUCCUCUCUUGGACGGGUCCUUCCUGGGAUUAUAGGUGACCAUUUGGGGCACUUUAACGUGCUGCUCGCCAUGAUUAUUCUCACGGUGAUCUGCACUGCUGCCACCAUCACGGCGUUUGGGUCAACGCGCCUCGAGGCCCUCUACGCCUUUGCCGCUCUGGGAGGCUUCGGGACAGGUUCCUUCCUAUCACUUGCACCAGGUGAGGUCACCCCUCAACUAAGACGACUGUAA